GUGACGUUGGAGAGGCGCGCCUCCCCUGGUCAUUUGUCGACUGAGGAGUGCGGCUAAGAGGAAAAAACCUGGAGAAGAGAGAACCAACAUUUUCUUCAGCCCUCUUUAAUUUAUCAAUUCCAUCCCCCCUGAAUUGGAAAUAAACUCGUCAAGAGGACAGUGGGCAGAGAGGGAAGCAGCCAUGUCUGGCACAUAUAAUGACUCCUUGACCGAUGUCUCCAGUGACAGCUUUUGGGAGGUGGGAAACUACAAACGUACAGUGCGGCGUGUUGAUGAUGGCAACCGGCUGUGCAAUGACCUGAUGAACUGCAUCCAUGAGCGGGCGCGCAUCGAGAAGGCCUACGCCCAGCAGCUGACCGAGUGGUCCAAGCGGUGGAGACAGCUUAUUGAUAAAGGGCCGCAAUACGGAACCCUGGAGCAGGCGUGGAUCGCCGUGAUGACGGAGGCCGAGAAGGUGAGCGACCUGCACAUGGACGUGAAGUCGGCGCUGAUGGGUGAGGACUUUGAGAAGGUGAAGAACUGGCAGAAGGACGCCUACCACAAGCAGAUGAUCGGCGGCUUCAAGGAGACCAAGGAGGCCGAGGACGGAUUCCGCAAGGCCCAGAAACCCUGGUCCAAGAAACUCAAGGAGGUGGACACGAUGAAGAAGGCGUACCAUGCGGCCUGUAAGGAGGAGAAGCUGGCCACCAGCCGAGAGAACAACAGCAAGCUGGAGAGCAACUCCAACCCCGACGCCACCAAGAAGCUUCAGGAGAAGGUGGAGAAGUGCCAGCAGGAUGUUCAGAAGACUAAGGAGCGUUAUGAGAAGUCCCUGGAGGAGCUGGACAAGGUGACGCCUCAGUACAUGGAGAACAUGGAGCAGGUGUUUGAGCAGUGGCAGCAGUUUGAAGAGAAGCGCAUCAGCUUCUUUAAAGAGCUGCUGCUUGAUGUCAAGCAGCACCUGGACCUCUCCAGUAACCACAAGUUCCAGACAGUCUACCACACACUGGAGGACACGGUCAAGUCGGCUGAUGCCGAGGAAGACCUCAAGUGGUUCCGCAACAACCACGGGCCGGGCAUGCACAUGAAUUGGCCCCAGUUUGAGUCCUGGAAAAGUCUUGGCGCUGACACGGGGUCAGUCCUGACCUUCGGGCCUUCGUUUCUGAAGGAGUGGUCCAUAGACAUGAACCGCACGCUGAGUCGCAGAGACAAGAAAAAGCCGGGUGAGGGUGUGAUGCUCACGGGUAUCAGCCAAACAGGAGAUCAGCCAGCCAAGAGCAGCAGCAGCCUCGCUGUGCCUCGUAGCACAGAGCCUGUGGGCGCGAAUCCAUUUGAGGAUGACGAGGAUGAGGAAGAAUCGCCCCAGGAACAGCCCAACAGCAGCCCGACAGUCACUGUCAAAAAAGACCAAGUUGCCACCAAAACUGCCAGCAGCGUGGAUAAAACCCAGGACUGGUCGGACGAGGAGACAGGGAAUCCCUUUGCUGGUGAUGCCGCUGACGCCAACGGUAACGGCAACCCAUUCGAGGAUGAGCCUGUCUCUCCAGCCGUCUCGGUGCCGGUGAAGGCACUCUAUGACUACGAGGGCCAGGAGCAGGAUGAGCUGAGCUUCAAAGCAGGGGAUGAAUUCAUUAAGAUUGGCGAGGAAGAUGACCAGGGCUGGUGCAAAGGGCGACUGAAGGACGGCACUAUGGGUCUCUACCCAGCCAACUAUGUGGAGGACAUCCAGUAGUGAGGCAGACACAAAGGAUGAAGGAGAGGAGAGAGAGAGGGAGAGAGAGAGAGAAUUGUAUGUGUAAAAUGGAAAGAGUAGGAGUCAAAUACAAAUCUGAGGACUGCUCACUAGUGCCCCCACCUGGUGGGAUGUGGACUGAAUAUGCUGCAUUGGAAAGCAAGGAGACGCCAAAUUAUACAAAGUCAUCUCUGGUGUGGUUGCCGAGUCUCUUAUCAUACAUCACCAGGUAUCCUAACUUGCAAACAACUCACAAACUCCGUCAACAAAUAUCAACAAAACAAAUCACUGAAACUUCGACUAAAGCCAUUUGGGGAAAAAUUGCUGAAAAUUACUCACUGAAUCCACCUGUAGUCACUGUUGAGCAAUAUAUUAUACAUGCAUCAUCAUAAGCCCUCUACAAGUUUGCUGUCUCACUCGCUGUGUCAUAGAAGAUGCUGGACAAAAAUUGAGCCAAUAGAUGUCGCCAUGCAUGCCUUUGACAAAUUCAAGCCUUGUACAUUUCAGAUUUUAUUAUAUUAUUUUCAGAGUCUGUAUUUUUAUCAUUCAUGUCUCCACUGACUUCCUUCAUGCUGAAAAUUCAGUAUUUUGGUUUUGUUGCAUAUCCAAUUUGUCUUACACAACUAGGCCUUUACAGUAUAUCUUGAAGUUGGGAGAAAAGUCAUCGAGGAAAAGCUUAACUCUUAAGUUUAAAAGUUAAACUUCCAUAUUCCUUACUGUACCUCAAAACAAUACACACCACUUUGUGGGAGGAUCAUUUGUCCUGUUUUAUGUUAAAUAGCAUCCGCCAAAACUCAGAAUCUAAGGAAAAUACAUUUGGAUAUGGAUGAUAUUGUACAUUCUUAUUUAGUGGAAGUAAAUAGUCAACCCAGUGGUUAGAGCACAUUUUUUAUUUCUAUAUAUCACUUGUCAUUGACUUUGUUCAAUUUUAACAGACCGCAGUUUUCAGAAAGUUGUAAAUGGGAAACUACUCAAACAAAAUCACAUUUUUAGCCUGGGGACAUGGCCCUGAUUUAAACGAUCAAUUGAUUGUACUUUCUCACCUAUUGAUUGUAUUCUUUUGUCUGAUGGUAGGCCAGCAGGGAAGGGUUUGAGUCCUAUCCUGCUAGUCUGGUUAACUUAAUAGAACUGUUUUCAGAGGGCAUAUAUAUAUAUAUAUAUAUAUAUAUAUAUAUAUAUAUAUAUACACACAUUAGUCACAGUUGCGGUUUAUAGUUUUCUGGGUUGAUUUGAGCUAUAUAUUGCUGUCUGAAUGUUCAUUAGGUUUGGUUGAAAAGACAGGCAUGGGUAUAAAAACAUUUUUUUUUUUAUUCACUUGAAGCAUCAACUUUAUCCAAGCCUGCACUGGACUUUGCCUACAAUUCUAUGGGAGGAUGCUCGCACUUGUGCCUCAUACAGUUAGUGUUAGCAAUAUGCCACACACGUGUCAAAGAUGAUUAGCCUUUGGCUACCAGUUGAUCCUCAACAGAAGUCAUGUUGUGUUGUAUUCUCCCUGCAUGUAAAUAGCAAAAGACCUUUAUGAACAAAAAAAUUGCAUUGAAAAAUAGAAACAAGACUUUUAGUUUGAAAUGGAAGACUGUUAAUUUAUCAGCUGCCUUUAAGAGCUGUCUCUGAUGGAUGAAUGCUGUGAUUUAUUUUCCCUUGUUUGUCCUUAAAUCUGUCUGUAUAGUAAUUGAAUAUUUUAUUGCUGCGGUCAAAUGAAUUUGUUGUUUUGUAACAUUUUUGUAUAUAUGAUUUUGCUUGUUUUGUUCCUCAUUUUGUUUUUGCCUGAUAACUUAUGAAGGUGAAACAAAAUGACAAAAAAAUCUAUAUUGUUAGUCUGGGAGAAAUACAUGAUACUUGGACUGCCUGACUGGUGUGAUUUGGCCUCCAUAAAAUACCGCCUUAAUUGAUAUACAGAAGUUAUUAAAUAAAACUUAAUUUACCACACACUUCAGUUUAUGAAGUUUUUUUUUUUUACCUUUUAUAUUGUGGGCUUCAAAGCAUUUUUGCUUUUUGCUCAAGACUUGCUACACAGCUUUGGAUAAAUAGGGCUGAAAUUGUUUUAGGCUUUUAUGAACUCCCAGAAAUAUGGAUCAAAACAUAACAAGUAAUAACAGUGUUGCCCCGUUAUUUUUGUUGAAAGUUACUAAAACAGACAGAUUGGACUGUUGUGCUCCACAACUACAAAAAUGUUUUCGUAUGGAAUCUUAAAUGAUGUUGACACUUUCACAUGUAUGUAUUGUUAAAUUCACCACACAAGCCUUGACUGCAGUAGGCUACAAGUGCAUUAAUGGAAAUGCACCACAAAAGUAGUAGCCUAAUAGUCCAAGGCAAUGUUAUAUUGAAAGUAAAAUGAAUUGAUUGCUAUAUCCGGGGAAGUGAGAAUAGAAAUGUGCUAUGCAUUGGAGGACUCAUGGUCCUCUCCACAAUGCGUGCAUUUUGUAAACAUGUUCCACAAUGUGGCUGUGGCGAAAAAUAAAACAAAUCAAGAAAGUCA